CUACUGGAAGUUUACACACACAUAUAUAUGCUCCGACAUGCUGGCAAAGGUUUUGUUCAUCGCUGUCAUUCCCUUUAUAAGCUACACGUCUUCCGAGGGACUAGGUACCGAGUGUCGUGGGGAUAUCACAUUCGUUAUGGAAUACGCAAAAUUCCCCUUUCGUGACCGAACUAACUGUAACUGUGACGGCAAACGCGGGUCCUACUUCAUAGGCAGCUGCUGCUGGUGCUUCUGCUGUUGGGACAUCUUCUACGACGACUUUCUGCAGGAGCUCGGAGACGUCAGUGGGGCAAAGGUCAGAAUUUACGUGCACGUCGGUGGAGUAUUGUUCCACUGUACGUUCGACUUGCUUCAGCUUAAUGCAAGCAGCUGUAGAAAAGAGUGUUGGCGUCAAGUGACCAGUGCGCCCAGAAGACCACAUGUUCCCGGUUUGGUCGUUGUUGUUGCGGAGAGUAAACCGUCUGCCGUGAUGAAUGACCUCGUUAGUUCCGUGCGUGAUGGCGGCGAUGCUGUCGUUGUGGUCGGAGUUGGCAGUAACGUCAGUCGCCGCGAUCUGCUUCCCUUAGCAACGGAUGACAACCGUCUGAUGAUGGUUGAACACAGAGACGAGCUUAAUGAGUCUGUGUCCAUGAUUCGCCAGAAGGCAUGUAACUCAUGCCAGAAAGAUGUGACUUUUGUUAUGGCUUGGGACGAAGUCUCUUCUGGUCGCCAGUCCUGGGGUUGGUGCGCUGGUGGGCUUAUAUCCGAGUUCGUCAAGACAAUCGGCAACCAGCUGGCGGUGACCUCAAUCGACUGGCUUCCUGAUGGCAGUGCCUAUGGUUGUCAAAUGAACUGGCGACACUUCUCCAGUAAUUGUUCCUGCCACAAGUCACAAUGGAAGGAGUUAAGCCCAUCUCUGCUUUAUCAAAACAUCGUUAACAGAUUCUCAAACCUUAGACCAGAAUAUCCGAAUGUGAUAGUCUUAAUCACAGACCGACAUGUUAGUUUUUCCCCUGAAGACACCCGGAUAUUUCGGGAGAACAAUGUUCUAGUGCUUACAGUUGAGAUUGGAAACAACGAAAGUCAAGAUGAGUUACGGGCCUUGGCGACGUCCAGCAACGUGUCCUUCUCGCUGGGGAACUGGAGUUCCCUGAUAGGGCUCAUUCCGGAACUCCGGAACCUCGUCUGUAACGAUAUAUCGCUACAGCCGAAAAUUGUGGGUUGUGAAACAAGAACAGAUAUCACCCUCCUAGUUGACCUCUCGCACAGCAUGACGAGCUAUGUCCCAUCCAUGAUGACGUUCCUGAAAACGUUCCUGCAGACACUCAGCAUCACAAAAAGGACCAACAUGUGACCUUGAUAACAUUCUCGUCAGAGGUCAGAGUUGUCCUGGAGAACAGCUUC